CCAUCGACGGGCGCCGAUGCGCUGUCAGGGUGGCAGUGUAGGCGCAUUCAAUCGCGUAAAAAGGCAUGUCAACACGGCGUCCAGCGGCCCAUCUCGUCGACUUUUAGCUUGCGCUCGUUCGGCAACGAGCUAGACCCUGAAAUGACGUCGAUAUUUGACAACUGUCGCGAUGCUUACUCGACGACUCUUGGCGGGAGUCUCUGUUCAGUCAUCGGCCUCGUGGCUGCGAAAGACCGGUCUGGGCGGUGCGAGCUUGCUUAGAAAGAGCGGUAUCCCUGGGGUACGACGACUCUGCUGCCCCCCGCAGGAUUGCGAUGGUCGCGUCUCGCCAUCUGGAGGCUCCAUCGCGGUCAGGGGCUCCCAAGCACUGCCCCCUCACGCGUGCCUGGUUGCGAUGCCUGUGGCAAUUGCUCUUUGCACGGCCGCUGUGGUGUGACUGCGAUGACGUGG